UCGGGAUAAAUUAUAUGAAUUGCAUAAAUUAUGAGUAUAAACAAAGAUGGCGACCAAAUUUGAGUGGCCAUGGCAUUACAAGUUCCCUCCGUUUUUCACGUAAGUUUUCAACAUUUUAUACAAGAACAUAUCCCCAAUUCAGGGCACAAUUGCAUGUUGAUAUAUAUUUUGUUUUUGUUGGCUAGAAUUCAGCAAAACUCGGACACGAGAGCUCGACAAUUAGACCUCUGGUGUAAUCUGGUGUUGGCCUAUUAUAAACACAAGAAGAUGUAUGUUUUCGAUGUAAACGAAGCACAGACUAGUUCGUUAUUUUUUAAUAAGGAGAUAAAUAGUAUCCUUUUUGCGAGUUGUUGUCUUGAAUGUCCAUUUUGUGCGCAAAGUACAUUUGUACAUUAUAAUUAUAAACUGUCAUAUUGUUUGUACAAUUUUAAUGUUCUUUCAUAUAACACUAUUAAAGCACUGUUGUGCAAGAGAUGGUGGUCAACCGUCAAUUAUCAGAGUGAGAAAAUGAUGUUAACUCUUCAUUCUAUGGAGUAGUCUUGUAUUUUGGAGGCAAAUAAACAGACAUAGUUUUAGCAGUCAUUAUCAAAUAUUCUUGCCAGCAGUUGACAAUAAUUGGAAUUGGUAAUUUCUGAUUGUGGUAUGUCCAGUCCAUCACUAAUUGUGGGCUUGUUUCUAUGUCAUUUUGCUGCCAUCAUCACCAAAAUAUAACAGUUCUAAAAUGAAAUUUAACUUAAUUCACUUGUAAGGAAAAUUACCAAUUGAAGGAAUAAAUUUGGUGCUUGAAACGCUCCAAAAAAGAGGUUAGUUGUUCAUAUCAUAUAUUGACCAUGUUGAGCCACCAACCCCCCUAAGAUUACCAUGGCAUUGGUCCUAGAAGUUAAUUUAUGUUAAGUUGUGGCCUGGUCCCAGGCCUUACCAUGUGAUUGGAUCAGUUUUGAACUGCGGAGAAGGCCUACCUACCUGCUUAGGGCGUAAUAAAAAAAACACCUGUGGUUCCGGUUUCAUAUCGUGAAAAAAUGAAGGUCGGUAGGUCGGAAAUAAUUUUUUUUUUGAAUAUUUUUUUCAUGGUUUUGGCGGUUUUUUGCUGGGCGAUUUGCAGUAGAGUCCGGACAUCAAUAUUAACUAGAGAUGCCUAUUUCCUAUUGACGAAUUUAGGCAAUUUGGUUCAAUAAUUAGUGUGACAACAGACGCCAUUUUGGCAUGCUAUAUGAGCGGCCCGCAACCACCUGGAGAAAAUAGGGUCGCACAGUCAAUCACAUUGAAAAAAUAAUAGGGUCGGCAGAAAAAAAGUAGGGUCGGUCGGGAACCGGAACCACAGGUUGUUUUUUUUUACGCCUAGUUCUAACUUCAAGAAGUAACCUUUCCCAAACUGCCAGUACAUGUAUUUCCUCCCAUAAUCUAAUGAAGUCAAUGAAAUUUUCAGGAAACUUAGAAUGGAAGGAUAAGAAAGGUGAGAGAGGUUACAUUAUGUGGAGAAAACCAGAGGAAUGGGGCUCACUCAUUUAUCAAUGGGUAUGAAAAUACUUUAUCUUUUGUGCAGUGCUGUGAGGAGAUUUAAUUCAUGGAGCAGCAACCUUAAAACUUGAGAAAUUUUAUUGUUGAUCGUUUUUCAGAUAAAAGAUAAUGCAAUGACUGGAACUGUGUGUACAUUAUUUGAACUACAACAUGGGGACGACACUAAAAAUCAAGGUGGGUGCUUGGAAUAAGUGAAAAUACAUUGCACACUAUUGUAUAGACCCAUUGCACUGAUGUCACAAAUCCUUAGAGUGUCCUCCAGAUGCUCCCUAACAAUAUCUGUUCGGGUACAACAACCACAUACAGCGCAAAAAAUAACCAUUUUAAUACAAAAUUAUUAUAAACUUUUACAAAAUUUGCUUUGUUUACAAAAGUUAUAUCAUGCAUAAAUUGCUAAUUUGUCCUCCAGAUACAUCGUCACUAGCGCUGUGACAUCAUGAUCUAUAUACAGUAGGCAUGGUUGUUUAUCAUUGUUAACCACCUUGAAAACCCUAUACUUUACUGUCUGAUAAUGGUCUAUCCAUUUCUCCAUAGAAUUUCAUGAUAUUGAUAUGUGGAUGUUAAAACGAGCACUAGAAACUUUAGAAGUCAAAAACAAAGCUCAAAUGUUUGAAGGACCAACACCAGGGGACGACAGUGGCUUAGGAGUGAAAUUUUUCUCCUAAUUUCUCCUUCCUAUAAAUUGUAAGUAACUAUGUGUAAUGAUCAGUGAUAGAAUUAAUUGUGAACUGUUUAUGCCAGUGUAGGUAUUGCCAAUAAUAAGAAAGAUUGACAAGGGUACAACUACCUGAAAAAUACAAGGAGAACUUCAUUGGAGAACCUCAUUGAAGUUCUCCUUGUAUUUUUUGAGUAGUUGUGUUCCUAUCAAUCUGCAGUUUCCUUAUCAAUGUUAAAGUACCAUUUUCAAAUGAGUGACCACAAUUCAAGAUCCAGGGGACAAUCUUAGGUAGUGAGAACUGAGGAGUACAAUUUACAGACUUGUAAAGAGUUAUGUAAAUAAUUUCAAUUUGUUUGUAAAAACCCCCGCCGUUAGGCAGGGUGACGAAAAAUUAGUCUAUAGACUCAUUCUGUUGUUCUCCUCCACGGAAAUCUUUAGUAAAAGGCGAAAGAUUUAUUCGUGGUUUGAAGGAAAACCAGAGUUAGUUGCUGUUUUCAAAAUUUUUCUCCGUAUUUAUACAACGACAUUUGUCUUCCCGCUUGUGGGACGAUCGUUUGAACAACCGCGGGCUAUCCUGCGCAUGCGUAAAAGCGGAAAAUUGAUAAAUUGUAAAAUUUAUUCCCCUAUGACUAUGUAUAACAAUAUCACAAUAAAUAUAACAUCCUUGGUUGCGGACAGACUUUCGCAAACGAAGUUCACCAUCGCUUUGAGCCGUUUUUCCACUAAGCGGAAUUUUGUCUACUGAGUCUGAGCGGAAUUUCUCUUUGUCUUUUCUUAUAAUUAGUUCCGCCCGAGAAAUCACAAGACAAAGAAAACUUCCGCUCUGCAUGUAAAGAUAGGCUCAGAUUCCAGCCGUUGGGUUCUCCACACUCGCUAGUAAAAAUUCCGCUUAGUGAAAAAUCCGCGCUUUAGUCUGUUAAUUUGUUUGGAGCAUAAAAAUGAUAGAUAUAAUAUCUAGACAUAAUAGUACCAUAUCUAUUAUUUCUUUGGUUAAUAAUAUUAUUUCUAGACUUUCUAUGGUUAAUAAUAAUAUCUAUAUCACACUUGCGUCGGUUUUCUUUGUUCGUCCGAGGUUUAUAACUAGCUUAUAGACCUUGAAUAAAUGAUUGGAUUAAACUUGUAGACAAAACGCGAGAAUUUUUCAUUAAAAAUUUUUGAAAAUGACAAAAUAUGUUGGAAAACCUCCGCAAGUGUGAUAUAAGUCGAAAGUCGGUUUAUAACUGAUAUAUUGCCCCUCGGACGACGCUACGCGUCCUCGGGUCAAUAUAUCAGUUAUAAACCUCCUACUCGGUUUAUAACUCUUACCUAUUAUUUCUAUGGUUCGGAAUCACAAGCCUUGUUAUUUAUUCAAAAUAGUAUAUCUUCGAAUGGUCUUCGCAGUCAGUUGUGGUGCACUCGUUUUGCGCAUGCUCCAGAGCACCACAGAAUUCACAUCAUUUUUUACUGGGAAGAAAAUUCCAAAUACAACCAUCUCCACUAAUCACUAUAUGAAAUCCUACAUUCAUCAGUCCUUUCCACUCAUUUAUUUGUUGGAAAAUAAAUGUACUAUAAAGAUUCUUUAGUGGUCUCUGCUUUGUAAGCGGUGGCAACACUUAAGAUGAUCAGCAUCGAUCUGUCAUUUUACGCUUGAAUAUUCAAACUCACCAAAGCCUUGUUUAUGCUAUCAAAGUUUCUGUGAUUACAGUAGCAGUUUUCCAUCGGUAAAUUCUAAGUUUUGAAGAUUUGUAAGAAAUGUUUGAGGAACUGACUCGGUUUUAACACUAUAAGUUCCCUCAAACAUUUCUUACAAAUCCUUCAAAACUUAGAAUUUACCUAUGCAAAAUUCGUACUGUGGUCACAGAGAACCAGGCUUAAUUUAUCUAUUGUCUAUUAUCAAGACUUCAUAUAAAAUUUACAACAGCCAUGGACAGUGUAGGCAGUCAAAUAUGUAGCUAUUUGACAUUUGUAUCAUCUAUCCUCUUUCAUCUCCUCUCAUUUUCUGAUGAUAUUGGCGCCCUGCAUCCUCCCAAGCAUCUUCCAAUCACAAACGGCGUCGCUGCUCAUUAAAAAGUCUGAUAUCACAUGCUAGACUAUAUCGGAGCUGUAAUCGUUGAUGUUGAUGUGAUGUUUGGCAUGACAUCAAGUUCUUCAAAGAGUUUUGCCAGAAUGUGGGUAAAUAGAGGGAACUCUGUGAUCUUUAGUACUUUAUAUUUCACCGAGUUCAAACCAUCUGUAUACAUACGCUUGGUGGAGGUUUUUAACAGCAUGUAUCUGCAAUGAGAAUGGUAUAGCGCAUUGGUGGAUUCACACUACAUUUAAAACACGAGGUGACUGAGCCGAGUGUCUUAUAUCUGAUAAAGCACUGACUGCGAGUGUUUUAAAGCUUGCUUUCCAUAUGAUAUGGUCGUAAUGGUGGAAAAAAUAGAGUCACGAUCUUUCUCAAUUGCCAGUUUAUAAUAGUUUAUACCUGUAAACCACAUGUAAAUCAUAAAUAUUCUCUAGUUAUAAUCACUCCGCGUAUUUUCAGUUCUAAAAUAUUUCAGCUGUUGAGAAAGAUCGUGACUCAAUCUUUACGACCGUUACGACCAUAUGGAAACCAGGCUUAAAUUGCUUAAAAUACGACUCAUCUUAUGAGUUGAGUCUAUUACACUGGCGAGAUAUUACCAUACUCCUACCUGUUUCCGCCAGGUUUAUCGCGAAAAUGGUGUUCUUUCAGCAUCAUGUAGCGACCGAUAUUUGCACGCGGUCGUGUCAAACUGUAACCAGCUGCCCGUAUUCUAAAAUGAAACAAAGAUAAUUGGCGUUAAAUUGUACAGACAGUAUAUUGCAUGACAUACUACACUGAUCACUGAUCUAAUGGCAGGCCAGUGAUCGCAAUUCAUUCAGAAUAUCAUUUCUUUUCAGUUUCAGCCAGUAAAAAGUCAACUUGACUCUAAAAUAAUCUGUGGUAAAAAUCCACCUCGUACAGAAGUUGGCUGGCCAGUUUUAUCCUCUGACUUCGGAUCCACCUUGGAACACUUGUACAUGUUAGUGUAUUACCUGUUAUAUGCAUCGUCGUCUUCGCCUCCCCAUCCCCAGAACAAGUUGGAAUAUCCGUUCAUUUUUUCAAACUGAUCUUUACUGAACGCUCCAACACCACCAAAAUAUUUUUGGUAUGGAAAUCUAUAGGAAAUAAGUCGCAAGAUAUAAAGUUAUGAACUUGUAGUUAAACUAAUAUUAAAUAAAUGUGUAAAAAUUUGGAACAUAACUAAUGCAUUUUUAUCGCAGAAUUUUGCCAACCAUUGAAUAUUUAACCUAAUUCCACAAAAUGGUAGAUAGAAAUGGGG